CCCUGACAUCCAACUACGCAGAAAAGAAGAAUAUCGCCGACUAAUAGUAGAGAAAAAUGUCAAUGAAUUAGAGCAGAUAGUUUACUGGGAUGGACUCCUCAUUCUUAAAUUCAUAUUUGAGGCUGAGGUCAGAAAGUCACAUCAAGAUGUCAGACGAUGAUGAAGACCUAAUGAAGUCUAAAGGUGAGGAAAGAUAGUAGACGAUUGAAUAACAGAGGAGAAGCACUAGAGAAUGUGACAGCAGAUAGAGAAGGAGGAGAGAUUAGGAGGAGGGGGGAGAAGAAGAAGAACCGACCAAUAAGUAGAACAUAGGGUAAGGAAAAAAGCAGAUUAAAGAUCAGGAUUAGGUGUCUCUCCGGCCAUCGACAUCUUGCGGCUACACAUAGAUUUGUGCAUCUCGAGGAAUUUUCAACUUUCCAAAUCAAUCGUAGAGGAAACCAACUGCGUCAAAGUUUCGGAUCAAAACACAGGAUGUCCAGCCGAGAAUCUACUCAUCAAUCUUCAUGAUGACUUUUAUCCAUCUCUGAGAUUGCAUUCCACCAUGCCUUUUCCAAGAUCUCUACUUUUCCUUUCGAACCAUCCAAGGUGGACCUUAUCAUCUGCAUCCAUUUUAUGUUUCCUUAUUUUAAUCAUCUUACCAAACAGAAUUUGGACGGACACUUUUCAAAUUGGCUUAGUGGGGCCAUGGACAUGUGACCCACUGAUUGCAAAAGCUCUUCCUAAUGUGGCAGCUCGACUGGCAAUUUCUGACCUAAAUUCGGACCACAGACUUGCAUCUGGUAUUUGGUUUGAACAUGUGUUAUUGACCCAAGGAUGUUCUGGACCCCGUGCAUUUGUAUCCUUUGCUUAUAUGGAACAUUCAGUGACUGCGUUUGUUGGACCGGCCAACUCUGCCUACUGUUCUGCCGCCAGCCUACUUACAAAAGGUUGGAACAAACCAAUGCUCUCUUGGUCUUGCCUUGGAGUUCUAAGUCCUCUUCCGCAUCCAGCUCACACUAUUUAUACUGUGUUAAGCUUCUUUCAGUGGGCUGGUGUAGCUGUGGUGAUGUCUCCACAAGAUCAUUGGGUUGGUGCUGGCAUGGAGCUAGCUAAUGCUCUUCGAAACUGGGGCCUUCCAGUUGGACCAGUUGUUACCAUGGAAGAUGGGUUAGCUGGUGCAAGAGAAGCAUUAAAGAGGGUAAAAAGAAGGAGAAGGGUGAGAGUGGUGGUCUUGUGCAUGCACUCGGUCUUGAUUGGUGGAGAGGAACAGCGUCAUCUUCUAGAAGAAGCUCAAGAACUUCGCAUGGCAGAUGGUUCAGUGGUUUUUAUCCCUUACGACACCCUCCUGUACAGUCUUCCAUAUGCCCGCCCCUUCUCCGUCUUCACCAACAAUACCAAGCUACGAAGGGCAUACGAUGCGGUCCUCACUAUCACCAUCACCUCUCAAUUUGGCAACUUUCACGAAACUUUUCAAGAUGCAAAGGCCAAUGGUGAAAUUCCACGAGAUAUUGAUCCCAUGGAGGUGUCCCCACUCUUUGCAACCAUCUACAACUCUGUUUACCUUAUGGCCAGAUUCAUUGAAAGGACUUACAGAGCAGGGCAGAAAAUGACAGCUACAUCCAUUGCACGGCAUGUUGGGAACUUACAAGUUGAAGGUUUUGGUUAUCCAUUAACCUUGGAUGAAGAAGGAGACUCCCAGACGCCAUAUGUCAUCCUGGAUACAGAUGGAGAAACCAGAAUGCUCACCCCUGUGUAUACUAUAAAUACAGCUAAAGGAGACCUACAUUACUUGAGAAAAAUCCAUUUUCCGUACAGUUACUAUCCUGGCACCGACUCCGACUGUUGGUUUGAUCGGAGUUCAAUCUGCAUUGGAGGUGUGGAUCCUGCCUUCGUUCUGCUGAUCUUCAUACUCAUCACAAGCUUUAUGCUUAUGGGGGCUUCUCUCGCUUACUAUAUAAGGAGAAGACUUCAGCACGCCAAGCUCUUGAGAGGUCCUAAUAAAAUGUUUCUUACUAUGGAUGACUUAAUUUUUAUCUACACACAGAGCAGAAAGAAAUUGGGAGAUGAUAGCAGGUCCAGCAUGCUGGGAAAAAGUAUCAGCGAAAUUAGGACCCCACGUCAUUCCAUAUCUGGGAAAAGUGUAGCAGCAGCCAGUCCAUAUACAACAAACGUGGCGGUCUACGAGGGGGAUUGGGUUUGGCUCAAAAGAUUUCCUGGGGAGAAGCUCGGGGAUAUCAGGCCAGCCACAAGGAAUGUCUUUGUCACGCUACGUGAACUGAGACAUGAAAAUGUGAAUCUCUAUCUGGGCCUGUUCAAUGACAUGGGGGUCCUUGGUGUGGUGUCGGAACAUUGCUCUCGUGGAAGCCUGGAGGAUCUCAUCCAGAACCAAGACAUGAAGCUCGACUGGAUGUUUAAGUCUUCACUUCUUCUCGAUCUUAUUAAGGGCCUAAAGUUCCUUCAUCACCGGGAAAUAGCUCAUGGACGUCUUAAGUCUAGAAACUGUGUAGUAGAUGGUAGAUUUGUCCUUAAGGUGACAGACCAUGGUGUGAAUGAACUGUGUGCAGCUCAGAAAUUAAGUCCAUUUGAAUGUAUGCCUGAAGAUCUUCUCUGGACGGCCCCAGAACUCUUACGUGACCAACUUUCAUGUAGCAGAGGUACCUACCGAGGAGAUGUUUAUAGUUUUGCCAUUAUAAUGCAGGAGGUUAUUAUACGAGGGACGCCUUACUGUAUGCUGGAACUUUCUGCAGAUGAGAUAAUACGUAAAGUUCGUCGUCCUCCGCCACUUUGCCGCCCUUCGGUAUCUCUAGAUCAAGCCCCUCCUGAAUGUAUUCACUUAAUGAAACAGUGUUGGGCCGAGCAUCCUGAACGGAGACCAAACAUAGACCAGGUCUUUGACCAGUUUAAGACAAUAAACCGCGGACGCAAAACAAACAUCAUUGACUCAAUGCUUCGCAUGCUGGAGCAGUACUCUAGUAACUUGGAGGACCUGAUCAGAGAGAGAACUGAAGAACUAGAGGUGGAAAAGCAGAAGACGGACAAACUCCUCACCCAGAUGCUUCCACCAUCUGUAGCUGAAGCUCUAAAGACAGGUACCGCCGUGGAACCAGAAUACUUUGACCAAGUGACUAUUUACUUUAGCGACAUAGUAGGAUUCACAACCAUCUCCUCCUUGAGUGAUCCUAUUGAAGUUGUGGACCUUCUCAAUGACCUAUACACAUUAUUUGAUGCCAUAAUUGGAUCUCACGAUGUCUACAAGGUGGAGACCAUUGGUGAUGCCUACAUGGUGGCAUCUGGGCUGCCUAAAAGAAACGACAAUCGUCACGCAGCUGAGAUUUCUAACAUGUCUCUGGAUAUCUUGAGCUCUGUGGGGUCCUUCAAAAUGAGGCAUAUGCCUGAAGUGCCAGUCCGAAUACGCAUCGGGCUCCAUUCUGGACCAUGUGUAGCUGGAGUGGUUGGGCUCACAAUGCCUCGGUAUUGCCUCUUCGGUGAUACUGUCAACACUGCAUCUCGUAUGGAAUCUACCGGGCUCCCUUACCGUAUCCACGUGAACGUCAGCACAGUCAACAUCUUGAACUCAUUACAAGAAGGUUACAAGGUAGAAGUGAGGGGUAAAACCGAACUCAAGGGAAAAGGUGAAGAAUUUACUUAUUGGCUCGUAGGAAAGGAAGGAUUUAUUAAACCUUUACCACAACCUCCGGAUAGCCAACCAGGAGUGGGUAACCAUGGUAUCAGCCUUCAAGAAAUUCCAGAAAGAAGAAGAAAGAAGCUCGAGAUGGAGAGGGACAUAGUCAACAAGCAGAAGAUGAAGUGAUGGAGUCAUCUUAUGACCAUGACUCUGCCAGCAAAAGCCUUUUUGAUAUUCAUCUGAACGUAAUGCAGAAGUCCUCUGUUCUUCUCUGAAAACCUCAACAACGACACCUUCUCUAAUACUUCGACAAGUCACGGAUCCAAAGAUAUCAGACGUGUGAUGCAGAGAGUCCUGUCUCAUAGCGUAUAGAUCACAUGGUGGUCCUCUACGGUCUGUCCAAUAUGACGUACUCUCUUUAGCUCAAGCGAUAAUCCACACAAUGACAUUGUUCUUACCAUAUGGAUGUCCUUCAGUAGAACGUUGUAGAUGCUUCUCAUUGAAGAUAAUCUAAGCCAUAUACUUUUUGUAAGGUUAUCUCACAUCUGGCAUUCUGUACACGGACUCACUGGACUGUCAUAACCUUGAAGGACUUCUUAUGAUGGGUUUAUGAGACUUGAGGAAUGGGUAUAUUGAGAGUCUGUUUAGUGCAGGAAAGUGAACAGACAUUUUGGGGGGCAGGGGCUUAAGUAAAAAAGUAGGCAGUUAAUUUACCUUGAUAUAUCAGCAGCAGCAGCACUGUCCAGGAAAAAGGGCACCUAAGGAGGAGGCACCAAAAGGGCAGGGGCUCAAGCCCCCUUUCUAGUCUAUGUGUGCACGUCCCUGGUUUAGCAGGUCUAAUAAAAUCUGUAGCAAUGGGAUCAAAAUGUGUUUUCCAUCAUGGUGUCCCUUCUUGGCUUUGCUGGAAUCCAAUCCUAUUAUUUUUCAAAUAACUAAGUACAUAGACCCAGACCACAAAUAGGGCCGGGCCAUGCUAUAUAAUUCUAUAUAAUUAUUAGCCAUUCAUAGUAAACAUCAUUCCCAAUAAUCAGCCGGCUUAAAAAAGCCACAAAUUGGCUCAUUCUUUGCCCAGUUGACAGCCAUUAAAUGUUUUGGUUAUUGGCCACACAUUGGCCAACAAUGAUUGAAUUUAUAGGGCUGCACAAAUGAUCCAGUGAUCUUCUUGCGGCCGGCAAUGGAUCAAGCCAUGAAUAGGCCCAUUACACGAGCAGCGAUCGGCUAGGUGGGCACUCAUUUACAUGCACAGAUCUGCCCAGGUAAAAGGGCCUUAAAGGGAUACUCUGCCCCUAGACAUCUUAUCCCCCUAGCCAAAGUAUAGGGGAUAAGAUGUCUGAUCGUGGGGGUCCUGUUGCUGGGGACCCCCGCAAUCUCCCUGCUGCACCCAUGUCACGAGCCUCCGCCCCACAUCGCCAGGCAUCUGGCAUGACAUCUCACUCUGUGCACCGGAUGUCAGGGGUGCCGCAGCUGAGAUUGUGGGGGUCCCUAGCAGCAGGACCCCCAUGAUCAGAUAUCUUAUCCCCUAUCCUUAAGGCCUUAAAAAGGUAAAAGGGCCUUAAAGGGAUACUCCACCCCUAGACAUCUUAGCCCCUAUCCAAAGGAUAGGGGAUAUGAUGUCUAGGGGCGAAGUGCCCCUUCAAGUAAGUCCACAUGCACUCAGUAGAUCUGUGCACACAGAGCCUUUCUGAUUCCUAUGGCUCUGUAUACAUUGCCAUAGGGUGGCUCUCAAAAAAUUGAGAUUGAGAUUCUUAAUCUGAUGUUAUUUAAUGGAGGUAUUUUCUCCCAGAGGGGAGGAUACCAUUUUUGAAGGGGUCUAUGAACCUCCGAUCUACGAGCCAAAGCAGAGAGUCUCAUCUUAUAAAGGAUAAAUACAUGGUCCCAUUUGACUGUGUGAUGUAGAUCCUAUGAGACAGUACUAUCUGCAUCAGAUGGCCAACAAAGUCAUCCGAAUGGCUACUAUGGUAUACUAUUUUCCCCUGAAUCUUACUCUGGCCAAAUGAGGUGCUUGCCUGGACUAAGAGCCACACCCUCACAUUAAAUAGCUUAGUGUGCCCCGAUCAAACACCUUUAUACAGUUUCUUGAUACGCCCUCCGGUUCCUAAGAUAUGAGGGUUUGUAGAUUCAGAGAGUCAGAUGGGUGUAAAUUUAAUUUUAAUAAUGGGCGGGAUUAUACACUCAGAGGGUUUGUAUUGUGCAGACACGCUCCUCAGUGUACAACAUUCACACCCCUUGACUGUAUAAUCCCAUCCAUCACUUCAGUCACUCCCAUUAUUAAAAUUAGGUUCCCGCCCAUCUGACUAAUUUCCUGAAUUUUCAGACAAAGUAUAAACCCUUAUAUCUCUGGAAUGGGAGGGUGUAUCAAGAAUCUGUAAAAAGAUUUGUGAUCAGAACACCCUAAACAAUUCUUAAAGUGUAGCUCUCAAAUGUCCAGGCAAGCAUCACAUUUG